UAAUUUCCACUUAAACUAAUUCAGACUCCCGGGGAGCAAAGCCUGCGCCUCUUAACCAUUCCGCUCUCUCUUCAGUUCCCCCAUUUUUUUGUUUACUUAAGAAAGCAGAUAUUUACAUUUCCACUUGGCGACUCAUUGCAGCUCCCCCCGCCCCACCAGCGUCCAGCGCCGGAGAGCUCCUCUCCUUGCCCAGGAUCCCUCUUUCCUCUGCUUGGGUCCCCAGAGGCCACUGACGAUGGAGCCCCCGCCCUUACCCAGCCCAGCACCUGGUGUGAGCAAAGCCCUUCUCCACCCAUCUCUUUCGGAGAUUCAGAGCCCUGGCCCCGCCCAAGGCGCUAAUUUAACUCAAAUUGAAGAACUACCGGGCGCUGCUCCUACUUCCAGCUCCUGGCUCGAGCCUGCUUGGUCUUAACUUCAGAGACCGCGGAGCCCCAACGCCGGAUCCCCGUCCCCGCUCGCCAUGAGGCCCGCGCGGCGGAGCGCCCCAGUUGUGCUGUGCCUACUGGGCGGGCUGGCCCCGCCGCUUCUGCUGCUGCUCCUGCGUCCUCCGGCUGCUUCGGGUGACUGCAGCCUUCCCCCAGAUGUACCUAAUGCCCAACCAGCUUUGGGAGCUCUUACAAGUUUUCCCGAACAAAGCACAGUAACAUACAAAUGCAACAAAGGCUUUGUAAAAGUUCCUGGCAAGGCAGACUCAGUGGUCUGUCUGAAUAAUAAAUGGUCAGAGCUUGCAGAAUUUUGUAAUCGUAGCUGUGAUGUUCCAACCAGGCUACUUUUUGCAUCUCUCAAAAAGUCUUAUACCAAACAGAAUUAUUUCCCAGAAGGUUCCACUGUAGAAUAUGAUUGCCGUUUGGGCUACAUGAGGGACCAUUCUCUCUCAGGAAAACUAACUUGCCUUCAGAAUUUUACGUGGUCCAAACCUGAUGAAUUUUGUAAAAAAAAAUCAUGUGCUAACCCUAGAGAAAUAAAAAAUGGUUAUGUCAGUAUAACACAUGACCUAUUAUUUGGAUCGCCCAUCCAUUUUUCAUGUAAUACAGGGUACAAAUUAGUUGGUACAACUUCUAGUUACUGUUCUCUUGCGGGAAAUACUGUGGAGUGGAGUGAUCCGUUUCCAGAAUGCCAAGAAAUUUUAUGUCCAGAACCACCAGAAAUUGACCAUGGAAUGAUUGAAAAGAAACAAAACAGUUACGCAUAUAGACAAUCUGUAACAUAUAAAUGUAUUAAAGGCUUCGCCCUGCAUGGAGAGAGCUCUAUCAAUUGUACUGUAAGAGAUGACCAAGGAGAGUGGAGCGGCCCCCCACCUGAAUGCAAAGAAACCUUUCAAAUUGACAAAGUCACACCAGCAGUUCAGAAACCCACCAGAGUACAUGUUCCAUCAUCUCCUCAGAAAUCCACCACAGUGAAUGCUCCAGCUACAAAGGUCCCACCAACUCCUCAGAAAUCCACCACUGUAAAGGUUUCAGGUACAGGAGCCCCACCAACUCCUCAGAAACCCACCACUGUAAAGGUUUCAGGUACAGAAGCCCCACCAACUCCUCAGAAACCCACCACUGUAAAGGUUUCAGGUACAGAAGCCCCACCAACUCCUCAGAAACCCACCACUGUAAAUGUUCCAGCUACAGAAGUCUCAUCAGCUCCUCAGAAACCUUCCACAGCAAAUGAUUCAGCCACAACAGCCCCAAAUUCCCCCAUAUCAAACACUGUCUCUACAGCAGCUCAGAAUCCCAUCAUGGCAAAUGCUUCUGCAUCACAGGCCACACCAACAACCCAAAGAUUCACCACGGCAAAAUCUUCACUUACACAGAAUCUUAGAGCAACACAAAAGUCCACUGCUGUAUAUACCCCAGUGAUCAAGAGUCUCCAUGCAACACAAAGAUUGACCUCUGCUCAUGUUACAGCAACAAGGAGUCCAGCUGGUCACAGGGCAACCACACGUUUUCAUGCAACAAGCACACCUAAAGGAGGAGGAAGCUCUACUUCAGUUGCUAGCAUCAUUGCAUCGGUAGAGACUGACGACUCUUCCCAGAACUUUCUAAUCUGCUAUGACAUAUAUGUAUGACAUUGACAGUUUUGCUUAUGAUGCUAGUAACUAUUGGCUAACUGAGCCAAAGAAGAGUUGAGAAGAAAGUGCACAUGAGUACACAGAAUAUUUCUAAUUUUGUAGAACUUUCUGGUGGAGCGAACACAGUAUAUGUGGUAGUGUUCUUCGUUUUGCAUGUUACCUUGUCUUUAAGAUGCAUAAGAAUGUCCACGAAGCAAGGAAAAACGAAUCUGUCCUGGAAUCACAUUCUCAGCACUCUUAAGACUCUUGAAAAUAGAAGAACUCACAAGAUUGAGAGUGAUUACUUUCAUAAAAGUGUGGGGAAGUGGAGAGAUUUGUUGAUACUUAGAAUGUGAGCAAGAAGAAAAGGAAAAAAAGUGAAUUUUUUUUCAACAAAUGUGUAAUGUUAUUUUUACUUACAAAGGACACAACAAAUUAAAAACAUUAAUUGGAUAUUGAAACCAAAUAAACCACUCUCUUCUAAGAAAAAUUGCCAAAGACUGAUGAAAAAUGUUUCCUUUUAUUCCUAAAAUAAUCCUUCCUGACUAAAAGGCAUUUUCAUCUUUUCUUAUUCCAUUAAAAUGAGUCUGAAUCAGCUGGCAAAAUUUUUUAAAGGAAAAACAUGCCAAUGACCCAAGAGUGUUGAGUUUCUUGGGUUAUUUGGUGACAAAGGAGGAAUACAGAAUGAAGGAAUAAUUCUUCCUUUGUCAUACAAGUACAGAUAGUGAAUUAGCUCCUUAUUUGUCAGAUAGAUCAGCUAUAAUUUUGUUCUUAAGAUAAUGUAAAAUAAAAAAAACAGCCCUGUGAAAGGGUGCAAGGUGUCUUUAUUGACUUAAUGUCUUUAAAGGUCUCCAGAGAUUUAUAAUAUUAAUAUAAGAAAAGAUUCUGUAUUUCUAAAGUGAGAUGUUCAUAUUCAAAUUGUAAAUCUUAUUCUUUUGUAAUAUUAAGCUUAAUUUAUAUUUAUUUAUAUUUUACAUGUAUACCAAAAAAGUUCAAGAAGAUACGUAAAGAAAUAUUUGUUUUCCCUAAAAAGAAAUAAUUGAUCACACUUUUGUCUCAGGUGGUAUUUGACAUUUAUUUUCUUAAAUGUAAAUAAUUUACUUAUAAAUAAGAGAGUCCCUUCCUUCCUUUCAUAAGUAGUUUAGAAUGCCGCCCUUUGGUUAUCCUAGGGUGAAUCAUUUUCAGUUACUUUUAAGGUAUCACUUGUUAUUGAUUUACCUAACUGGCAAUCACAUCAAUUUCCAGAUUCUCAAUAUGUUCUUGUCAUCUUGUCAAUUACAUGUUAAGUGUUGGAAUAGACUAGAAUAUAUA